GAAGGAGUGAGUGUCGUGUCACCGGUAGUGAUAACAGAUUGGGGUCAGAGAGCACGUGUGUGCGCGUGUGUGCGUGCGAGUGACAUGGCGAAGUCCAGGCACCGACCUCUCCGAGCAGAGGCGCUCACGGCGCAAAACCCCCAGGUGCUGCAAAACCCUGGAGGAAUACAUGAUGGGGAGUGCUCGCCUGGCUUGUGUGGAAAUGAAGCAGCUUGUAUGCCUGUGGGCUCUAGUAGGUUCAAAUGCAUCUGCCCACAUGACUCAUCUCCUCCUACACAUGACCUGCGCUGCCCCAACAGACUGACUGUGCCACUAACACCUCGGCCAAUCCACAACAUCAUCCCACCCCUGGGCUUGAACUCUACGUCCAACACCACACUGACGAACGGCCUCUCCAAUACAGUAGAGGCAGGCGUGUUGUUGGCGAGUGUAGCUGCGUCGUGCUUCUUACUAGCAGUAUUCACUGCGGUUUGCUGCUGGAAGGGCCGCCAACUGUCACAAUGCUGUGCAAUGUCCAAUAAAUGUAGCAAGCAACAACAAUCUGCAAUGCCAUUGAACCUGAGCAAAGGGCUGUUAGCGUCUGAGCAUUACACUCCUAACCCACAAUACACCCCUUGUUCACUGGGGGAUGUUUCUCCAAACCUCUCUGUCCCUACCUUACCAAGGGACUCUCUCACCUUCUAUCAGGAGAUUGGCGAAGGAUGCUUUGGAAAAGUGUACAAAGGAGAAUGGCGUAGUGAGGGACUGGUGGAAACUGUCGCUAUCAAGGUUCUGAAAGAGUCAGCCACCAGGGAAGCAGAAGAAGACUUUAUGAGAGAGGUGGAGAUUAUGAGUGCUUUCAAACAUCCCAACAUUCUCACACUCAUAGGCGUGGCGCUCAGAGAGCCCAACAAGAGCCCCUGGAUGGUGUUUGAGUUCAUGGCCCAUGGAGACCUGACAGAAGUGUUAAGAAGCAACGGUCGUCUGUUCAGACCUUCAGACAACAACAAGUUGCCUCGCCUCAACAAGGACAGCCUUUUAAACAUCGCCACGCAGAUUGCGCAGGGGAUGGCAUACCUGGCCGCGCAGAGGUUUGUCCACAGAGACCUCGCAUGUCGCAAUUGUCUGGUGGGUGACAACCUGCGUGUCAAGAUUGCAGACUUCGGCAUGAGUCGGGACGUCUACACGUGCGACUACUACAAGAUUGGGGGUUCCCGUCUUCUACCAGUUCGUUGGAUAUCUCCAGAGAGUGUCAUUUACGGAAGAUUCACUCUUGAGUCUGACGUUUGGUCAUAUGGAGUUGUUCUCUGGGAGAUAUACAGUUUUGGAAAGCAACCAUACUUUGGACAUUCCAACGAAGAGGUGGUAAGACUGAUUCUACAAGGUAUCAUGCUGAUACCCCCAGAAGACUGUCCGCCAUACAUAUGUGAACUAAUGAGAUGUUGUUGGAAAACCGAACCAAGAGACAGGACGAACUUUGCGGAAAUACUGCAAGUUCUGCACAGAGCUGCACAAACACCUCAAUCAAGUGUGCAGUUGUCUCUUCCUCGACCGCCGGCAUUCCCUGUAACACCUCAAACUGCGAUUGAGGUCCUCGAUGCAGAGAAUUAUCUGAAACCUCUACAAACUGAGCCAAAGGAAUACUUACAGACAUUGCCUGAUUGAAACUACGAUUCAAAAUAAAAUUACAGUGUAAAUUGCUCAUUAUUUAUGUGAUCUUCAUGAGGUGCUAAACGAAUUUUGAGGAAAUCAGAGGGAUAAGAGUACAAGUAUAAUGAAUUUGUUUUUAUGAUGUAAUAUUUGUAAAUAAAUCUCUACGUUGAAGGGAAUAAAGAGAAGAUAUAUUUAUAGCCAAGUAAAUGAGCUUGUUUAGGCAAGUUAUGCUAUGAGUCUGGAUUUGUGAUGUAUAUUUUAUGACAAGAACUGAACCUGUUGUCUUCAAUUAGAAUGAUUAAGGAACAUAGAAGGGGAAUAAUGCAACAAACAAGUAAGUUACCAUCAUAGAUAGUUUCUAUUCUUUUCUAACACUAAAAGAAUAUGCUUACAUUUUUAGAUAUUAUAAAAAUUGAGACUAUGACUGUUUAAUCAUUGAAGACCAAAUAUGAGAAAGUAUACAUAAAGAAAGGACUAAUUACAAGUACAGUAGAACUGCA